AUGUCACUUGUUCUUAUCUUUUCAGCACUCCUCUCUUUGCUUGAAUUCACCGUUUCACAAAGUGCCUGCCCAGACGGUUGUGUUUGUUUCAGUCAAUCGAUAAUAUGUCGUCGAAAGACAGACACAAUUAUUCCACAACUUCCCGAAUUUCUUGAUGACCCACAAGCUGGAGCACUUCAAUACUUCGCCAUGACAAGCACAAUGUUGACCCGAGUCCCACGGGGAACCUUUGUGGCUCUGCUUGAUGUCAUGAAUAUCGACCUCUCAAAUAAUGAAAUAGCAAUAAUAGAAGAUGGCGCUUUUCAAGAUCUUCCGCAAUUGGCACAUUUAAUUCUCAGAAAUAACAAAUUGACAAGUCUUCCUGAUAAAAUAUUUGAUACCCUUCCAGGGUUGGAGGAACUUGAUCUAUCAUUUAAUCAUAUGGCUACAAUUCCUGCAUCCUUGGAACGGUUGGUUGGAUUGAAAAAAUUGACUCUACGUGGAAAUCCACUUCAUUGUGGAUGUGAAAUUAUUGAUUUUGCUAGAAUACUUCCUGUUUUUGAAGGAUCCAUGGAGAAAGCAGUAUGUAAAACGCCGACACAGGUAAAUGGAAAAUCUGUUGCAGAAAUAGGUCGUCAAUACGCCAAAGCCUUCGAAGGAACACGUCAUCUCGGUUAUUGGCCAGAUGAAUAUAUAUUCCCAGAGGAGGUUACUAAGAAGAGUUUGGUACGAACGCGCACUCCCUGGCCACUUCCACAUUGUUCAGAGAAGGAUCUUGGAGGAAUGGUUCAGGAGGAGAGAUCUGGGUCGUCAGGAUAUCCUGAAGCUCCAAGAAUUAUUCAAGCACCAGUUCCUGUUAUGGCCGCUGAAGGCGAGAGAGUCUUUUUCGUCUGUAGAGCUGAAGGUUUUCCUCCACCGAAGAUUAGCUGGAUGUUACCGACAAAAAAUAUACAGUUCAUUAACCUCUGGGACAAGAGACAAAUAUUGGAGGUGAGAGAAAUCCAUUCCUACCAUGAGGGAACAUUCACAUGCAUAGCUGAGAACGAGGUUGGCCGAGUUAGUCAGUCCGUCAGUCUACAUCUGCUCGACAUUGUCAAGCCACAGAUUACAGACGCGCCAUCAACUCAAGCCACUGCUGGAAUGGUAGGAGGUGACGUUGAACUUGUCUGCACAGCCCGUGGACGUCCAAAACCCACUAUCGAUUGGCUCUACACACAUGCUUCCACUCCUAAGCGUCUUUCCACACAGGGUCGUUACGUUGUUCGUCAUUCUUCCAGGCUCUCCGCAAGAACUGUUCAAGACCUCGUGUAUCGAGAUCCUUUUACCCAACUGGAUGAAAGCUUGCGCGUUGAAGGUGAGGAGGAAUCAAUAACUCUCACCAUCAAAAACAUCUCGGAAGUAGACACAGAAGGCCGAUACACUUGUUAUGCUGCAAAUCGUGCAGGUUCCACUCGUGUUACCUCUUUGCUAACUCUCAAAAAGCCUGCAAUUGCAGAAAGUGCUACUGGUGAUAUGGAGAGAAGUGUACUAAGUCCAGAUGAAAUGGAAAACAUGGAGGGUAAGAAAAUGGAAUCGGAUGAAGAUUUGGUAAAAAGAGUAAUUGAGAAAGCACGAAAGCGAAUUGAAUCUGCCAUCCAGAAGACGGCUGAUAAUCUCCGAGAUCCGAAUUCUCGUAGAACUGCAUCGGAUAUUGCAUCACUAUUUCGUCAGCCGAGUAAAGCUGCAGUGGAGUUGGCUAAAGCUGCUGAAGUUUAUGAAGCAGCAAUAGACGAAGUCACACAAAUUCUUCAAAAACAGCGGAAUUCUACUCUUGGAAAGGACACUGAGGGCCCCUACAAGAGCGACGAAGGCUUCGAUGAGCAUAAGCGGCAAGCUAUGGGUGUUCAGCUGACAGCUGAACAGUUGGCUAUCAUCGCUCAACUUUCUGGAUGUGCUCAAUCACAAAGAGUUGAACCUUGUGAUCGGCAAUUAUGUUUCCAUAUGAGAUAUAGGUCCAUCGACGGUAGUUGCAAUAACUUCAAAUAUCCAAAGUGGGGGUCAGCUCUUUCACCCUUCUAUCGUCUAUUGCCUCCGGUUUAUGAAAACGGUGUUAAUCAACCAGUUGGAUGGAAUCCAGAAAAACUCUAUUUCGGUUACCCUAAACCAUCUUCGAGAUUGGCUUCCUACAAACUUAUGGGUGAUGCUACAAAGCUUCAAGUUUACACAAAGAAAUUAGAAACUUUCAAUCAAAGAAUCAAAAUGUCUCUGAGAUUUAACAACAGGACAAUUGGCACGUCAAGUCCCUUUGAUUUUCCACUCAACGAGCAAGAAGAACUUUUUGAUGAAGAUGACAAAUCUUCUGGUAUGCUGAUGCAGUGGGGUCAAUUCUUGGAUCAUGAUCUCGAUUUCACGCCCGUCGACGCUUCAACAAGCCGCUUUAGUGAUGGAUUGGGUUGUAAUGAGACAUGUAUCAACGAUCCCCCAUGCUUUCCAAUCAUAACCCCUCCUGGUGAUCCGAGAAUUCGACAAAGGUGUAUUGGAUUUGCUCGAAGUUCUGCGACUUGUGGAUCGGGCUCAACAUCCAUUCUGCUUGGUCGUCCACAGCAUCGCGAGCAGUUAAAUCAAAUCACAGCUUUCAUUGAUGCCUCAAAUGUCUACGGAAGUGAAGAUUUUGAUGCGGCUCAAUUGCGAAACACGCUUUAUGAUGAAGGACAUUUGAGAGGUGGAAUGCCUACACCUUCAGGAAAACCACUUCUUCCUUUCAAUAUCCGUGGUCAGGUAGGAUUAAAUUGA